AUGCUGCUUCUGGAACCUCGGUGCCAGAGAUGUCCUCAAGCUGGCGCAGUUUCCUUUUCUCAAAGAGGAGAGUUUACUCCCAGUGAAGCUGCUGUGCCAUCUAGUCAGAUCAGCAAGAUCAGCCAGACCGGUCUUGAUCUCCACCUCAUUCGGAGUAAACUGGGCGCUCAAGCAAAGCCCUACAGCCUGUCACUCUCCCCUGAUGACUACCACCACUAUCUACCCAAACCCAAGCGCCUGCGUACCUCCCGGCUGAUGAAACUGCUGGGCUCUUCCUAUGACCCUUUCUGGAUGUCCAUUGAGGAACCUCAAGAUCAGAAUGCAAGCCUAGAAGGACUGAGCACCCUGAACCAGGAGCUGGCUGAACAUACGAUGCAAUUUCAGAAGAAGCUCUUUCAGGAGACAGAGGGAUUAGAUCUUUCAGGACUGCUGACGUCUGAGAACAGGAUUCCUCACAACCUAAGUCAAACCAUCAUUCAUCACUUCCAGCAGUGGUUAGUGGAUACUGCUACUUGCCACCUGACCUCUUCCUGGGUGGAUAUGGGAUCCAUUUUCUGGCCCCGCUGGAUUCGUCAUACAGACUGUGACCUUACUUAUGGUGGAUGUUCUUGGCCUCGAGGCAUGACUUGCAAGCCCGCCAAGGUGACCCACAUCAGACUGUUGGCGUGGCAUUGUUGGAUAAACAGGGACCAGUCUCAGAGUCCUGGGAGGUCCCUUCAACAAUGCAAUUGGAGACAAAUCCCUUAUCCUGUUGUGGCUGCAUGCAAAUGUACCUGCUGA